UUUGAUAGCUCGCAGAAACAUUUCUCUGUUUAUGGCAGCGCCUCUUUGCUUAACAUCUUUUGAGGUGUGCAACUGCUAUCAGGACGGUGCGAUUUUGGAGUCAAAGGCCCGGGGUUUUCCUCUUUAUCUCAUAGACGGACACUUCCAGCUUCAUCUACAAAAGCUCCAAUUCACUAUGGCCACUUAUCCAACAACAUGAUUAGGCCUGUCACUUCUCCCAUUCACUCCGUGCUCCGGAGUGGGAUUAGUGACGUUUAUAACGGUUCGCUACUCAUUUGGAUUGGGAACAUGUCUGCCAGUGGCGUUUUCUCCACCUCCCUCGUAGCACCCGCCAUGGUCAUUGCGAAAGGGCUAGAUCCGUAAGCUAUUGUACGUGGCUUGCAUACGAUGCCUCUCGGAGCAUGGAAGACCAUCAUAGUGAUUUAGUUGAAGAAGAACAAUUGUUCAUGUUAUGGUUUGUUCAUCACUUAUCAUAUAGAACCUGUGUACAAGAAACAGCAGACUCUGACGCCAUCCUACUCCACUUGUGGAUCACCCGUUAUGCUGUCCUCUUAUUUCCUUGGGACACAACGGCGUGGAACAUGGGAACUAGAGUUAGUUUCCUCAUUUCCACGAUUAUUUUCUGUCAUUUCAUCCUUCUGUUGGGACAUUGGGCAGUCCGUCUGAUGGAGAACGGCGGAGUGGGGGAACGCGAAAGUGGAUAUGCCAACUCAACCGAGUCUAGCGCAGAUGUGGACCCAGUGCUAUGUCGGGCUUGA